UUUGUGUGUUUUGUUUCAAGUCAAUUUUUAAAUUUUCUCCUUUCUUGCCAUUUCUUUUUGUCAGACCUUUUCUUUCAUCUUUUCAUCAUCUUUUCAUCCUCUAUUUGAUCAACAUCAUCAUUUUCUUGAUCACUUCCAUCAACAUCUUAAUCAACACCAGCGUCAAUAUAAUAAUCUAACAUAACGCCAUUUUUAUACUACUUUCAUUGCAUUCACUUGUUUCUUCUCUUUUUCAACUCAUUUUUCUCUUGAUUUUUGGUGGAUUUUGUGUGUCUCUUUGUUUCUUCUGUCUAUUGUUUUAUUGUGUUUUCAUCUAUAAUCAUCGGUUAAUCAAGGGUAAUCUGAGGGUCAACGUUAAAUCUGGUUGGAUUAAUUGUUUAUGUGAACAUUAUCUCAGUGAAGGCCUGUUUCUGGAAGCCAAAUAAGAAAUGGGAUUAACCAAGAAAAGAGGAUCUUGAUUGAGUAAACACUCGGAAUACUCUACAUACUGUUGAAUCAGUUACCGGCUACCGGUUACCUAAAUAUCAUUAUCAAUUUUUCAACUAAGCUUCGGUGAAAGAGAUUAUUAAUUAAAUCAAUUACCCACUCAAAGCACAUUUUUUUCACCAAAUUGGAUUGUUUUUUAGUGUAUCAUAUUUUUGCAACUUAUCUAAGUGUGGAACCAAUAAUUGAGUAUUACAGCAAGCAGACUUCAAGUGAAUAAACUUUCCUAAACAUUGUCUAUCCUUCAACAGAUUCUUAUGCUUAUAACUAGAUAAUCAACCUACUCAACGUUGGUUAAUCAAUCAAUCAAUUUUUAUUUUAUCAACUUUAAAUUAAAAAAGUGUCCAUUCACCUUGUAUUGUCUUUCUAUUUGUGCCUUUACACCAAGUAUUUUACUAAUUGACAUUGUUCUUAUCUAUCGUUAAAGAGUGACAAAUUUGGUUCAUCCUAAGUGACAAAAUGGUUUCUACAUCAAGUAGCCAGGAAAAUUAUGUGGUGGAACAUUUGGCCACUUUUUCAACCUCGACGCCUUCACAGCAACCAAUCACACCUAAAGUUGCCAUCCAACGUUUAUUUGCUAUGGAAAAAACCUCUGGAAUAUGGACUCAGCGAAUGUUUGUUAAGAUUGAAGGUAGCCAUAUGUUAAUAAUUGAUGUUGAAUCUAAUGAUAUCGUUGAAAGGUUUCCCGUUGCCUUUAUUCAGCAGCCAAUCUCCUUUAGCCACCGAGAUCAUAUGUAUGAUAAUAUAUUGAUUUUUACCGUUCAACAUCCGGAUGAAAGUCAAGGCGAACUCCAUAUUUUUCAGUGUGUCUCUCAUUCUGCCCAACAAAUUGCCGAAGAUAUAUCAAGUUGGAUGAGGAAACACGGAAAUCUCGCUAUCACCGUGGACCAUAUUCACCACGAGACCAAUCCCGUUCCCGUGAAUGUUCAUGUUAAAGAAACCGUCAAUGCAUUCAACGCUCUUGCAGCUCAACGAGAAAAGAAACCUGCAUCACCAUCAAUAAGCAGCUCUCCUCAAAGGCGGACUCCACCAUUAGGACCUGGUCACAAUUCUCGUGAUCAUGACUCUAGAUCUGUUACCACAACAAGUUCAAUUGAUUCAAAUCACAAUGCAGCUCCAAGGACCAAUUCUCAUGAUCAGUCUCUUUCAAAUGAACGCUACGUUUCCAUAUUAAAUCAUUGUUUUGACGAUAUCGAGAGAUUCAUCCAACGACUUCAACAUGCUGCUGUAGCAUUGAAAGAACUUCAACUUCGCAAUCACAAACGAGGAGGUAAAGGCGCGGCUCAUGGCGGUGACGGUUUACUUUCAAUUAGAGCCCGAGGACCCAGCGAAUCAGAAUUUUACGAAAUUCUUGGAAAGUUCAAGUUAGCCUUUAAUUUGCUAGCAAAAUUGAAAGGCUGUAUACAUGAUCCCAAUGCACCAGAGUUGGUCCAUUUCUUGUUUACACCUUUAGCAAUAAUAAUUGAAGCUGCUCGCAUGAAUGGUCCAGUUCCUAUUGAUCCGGGAGCAGUAACAAUUCCAUUUCUCAGUGCCGAUGCCAUUGAACUAUUAUCUAAUUGUUGUACCAGUAAAGAAACAGAAUUAUGGCAAUCACUUGGAGUUAAUUGGACUCAACCUGUAAGACAUCCGAUUGGAUCACCUUCACGAUUGGGUCAAGUUUAUCAACCAGUUUUCUCUGAUGGAUGGGCUCCGGCUAUAACAGAAAAAGAUUUAAUGGGUUUCCAUUCUUCUUCUGAAACAUCUGAACAUGAAGAUGAUUGUCUACCCUUGAGUAGAGAAACCCCCAUAAGGAGAGACAGAUCUGACUAUGUUCAUCAUCAUCAUCCUCCACACUUUGUUGAUAGUGACUUUGACGAUCAUUUAGAGCAUCAUAUGGUUCCACCUCCACAUAAAGGUCCUCCACCACCACCUUCAAGUAUGCACCAUGGAAGACAUCCACCACCUUCACCAAUCGACUCAAUUGAAAGAGAUUCUCCAACCAUAGUACAUCUUAGUGAAUUGGAGCAAACAACUUGGCUCAAUGAAUUGCAAGAUAAAGGGGCCAAGAUUGUGCAAGUUCUGUUCCCAAGAACUGCUAAUAAUGAAAAGGAAUUGACUGUUGAAAAAGGUGAAAUCUUGGAGAUUUUAGAUGCAUCUCGAAAUUGGUGGAAAGCUCGUAACUCACGUGGUCAAAUUGCUCAUGUUCCCAAUACAAUUGUUGAACCAAUUUCGGGCAACUAUCAAUUUAACCGAAGCGAAAGAGGUAGUCGUUUAACUAGAGGAUCUCCUGAUGAAGAUUGGAUUCGUAAAGAGAGACAAGCUAAAAUGUUUGAACCAAAGGCGUGGUAAUGCAAUUUGAAUAGCGUCAAAACUAUGAUUCAAUUUAUCAUUGUCUGUAAAUAUUUACAAUUUGACAAUUCAAUCCUGCUAUCGUUAAGAUAAAUACAUACUGUUUAUCAAUCCUGAAAAUUAUUAAACAAUCAAUCAUGUCUAAUAAAAUACGCAAAAAUUUCCAAUA